AGAUUGCCCUAGUGACCAGCAAGCCUGAGAAAGUUGCACCUUCACGUCAGGAUAUAUUCCAAGAACAACUGGCAGCCAUUCCAGAAUUUAAGAGCUUGGGUCCGUUGUUCAAGUCUUCAGAACCAGUGCAGCUCACAGAAGCAGAAACGGAAUAUUUUGUUCGUUGUAUUAAACACGUGUUCACAAAUCACAUCGUUUUCCAGUUUGAUUGCACAAACACGUUAAAUGAUCAGCUGUUGGAGAGAGUCACCGUGCAGAUGGAGCCAUCAGAUGCUUACGACGUGAUCUGUUGCAUCCCCGCGCCCAAUCUGGCUUACAACCAGCCAGGCAUGUGUUACACCCUGGUCCAGAUUCCUCAGGAUGACCCCACUGCAGUUGCUUGUACUUUCAGUUGCACAAUGAAAUUCACCGUUCGGGACUGUGACCCGAACACAGGUGUGCCAGAAGAAGAUGGCUACGAUGACGAGUAUGUGUUGGAAGAUUUGGAGGUGACGGUGUCUGAUCACAUCCAGAAGGUUUUAAAGCCCAACUUCGCAGCUGCUUGGGAAGAAGUGGGAGAUGACUUUGAGAAAGAAGAAACCUUUGCACUUAGUUCGAUUAAAACCCUUGACGAAGCUGUCAAUAACAUCGUCAAGUUCUUGGGCAUGCAGCCCUGCGAGAGAUCGGAUAAAGUGCCAGAGAACAAAAAUUCUCACACGCUCUACUUAGCUGGUGUAUACAGAGGCGGCUGCGAUGUGCUGGUAAGGUCCAGGCUUGCGCUAGGAGAUGGGGUGACCAUGCAGGUGACGGUGAGGAGCAAGGAAGAAACGCCCGUAGAUGUCAUCCUGGCUUCUGUAGGCUGAGUUUUACAGCCCGUCGACUGUGGUGGAAACCUCUUUUGCAAGCAGCCUCUCUGUCCUUCUGCAUGUAGUUUUUAUUCCUCGAUUUGGUAAAUAUUUUGUAUGAUGUUACAGUAGUGGCUGGCUGGUACUAAGCCUUUCCCGUGUCCCUUUCCUUGUCGUCACUUACUUAACACAUUCCUAUCUAACUUAUUGUAUCUCUGGCCACUUGCAGCAGAGCAGGGAAGAUAAAAAGAUGCAGGUGGUAAGAAAACGGAAUCAAGACUUUUGUCCAACCUGAUUUUUAUUAACAGAAAAUAAACACUGGUUCAAACGGUGGAAUUCAUACGAAUUACUGUUAAUAAAAUAGAAAUUUCUUGUUGUAAUUCUGUCUGCUUCGGUACAGAAAAAGUAGCCCAUAAUGGCUGUUUACUCAGCAGAAGCCCCUUAAUCCUAAAGGGAUGCUAUU